UCCUGUGAAAAAAGUAGUUUUUUAUGCAAGAAUGUGGUGUUUAUAGUUCUUCUCAACGAAAAAUGAUUAAGCGAUCUAAUUUUAUAACUUUUAAAAAGAAAACUGUCGGGCACUGAGGUCAAAUACAAAAAUCGCAUUGUACAAACUAUGUAUCGAUAAUUUUUAGAACUAGAUUAAAGAUAGAAAUAAUAUCUCUGUACUCUCAUAAAGAUUUAAGCAUGUUUAAGCUAAAUACUGUCUUCUAAUGUGCAGAAUGUCCAAGCAACAAUGGACGAAUGCAACUUGAUGUCAACUUCCGCCUCCAAAUAUAUACAACAGAAAAGAAUCAGACCGAAGCAGAACUCGACUGUAGACGUGAGCCGAAUAGACAUCUGGUGAUUUUUGAUGAAGAAUGGAAAAUUAAUGCAGUGGAAAGUACGUUGAUGUUAUGUACAGGGUAUCAUUUAAAAGAUUAUUGGAUUGACGGAACAAGACAAAACAUCCUAACAGAUUGGAAAUUUACAGAUGGCAGAAACAUUCCGAUGGCACAGACAACAUUCUGGCACAUGGAUAAUCCAGACAGUCCGAAUAAGAAUAAAUCUUGUUUGCGACUGAAAUACCGUGGUACUGUUGACAGAUAUAGGCUUGAUGACAGGAAAUGUGAUGUUUUGAACCCAUACAUCUGCGAAUAUUGAUAUAUGGGGAAUUGACAUAUUUAGAGUAACCUUAAAAACGAUUCGAAUAUAUUUAAGUAGAUUCAACAUUUAGAUAAAAUCCUGUUUAAACAAAGAUAAAUUAAUUAGUAAUUAAAAACAUUUUGGUACCUGUUUUGAAACCUCCGAUCAAUGAAAAUAGUGUGAUUGCCGUAAUUUCAUCGUUACCAGGAUUUUAUCAAUCUGUGUCACACUACUGAGUCUCGUACUGUGUGGUUGUUGUUGUUUGUUUUAAAUUGAUUUUUGCUGCGCUUUGAACACAUGACAAAGUUUCAGGAAGACAAAAUGUAGUUUAAGGUUGUAAAAUGUAAUGACACCUGAUAACAAAUUCUGGUAAGCAAUGCUUUUCUUAUCAGGUAAUAGUUUUAUUUCACAUUAAAGUUUUAACAUAGACAAAAAUAUUUCCAGAAUAUUUGAUUUCAUAUAAAAAAGGUUUCUGUGCGGAUUAUAUUUUGACUAAUUAUCAAAAUAGUUUAAAGUGUUUGACAUUACUAUCUGUGUCAAUACAAUGUGUCUUACGUGCAUUUAACUGUUUGGAACUUUAUUAAAGCUAAAAAUACACGAACAGUGCUUAGAUAUUAUCUUCUUUGUUUUAGGUACUGUAGUACUGCAUUUAUUAAUUUUCUUUGAAUUAAGUUUGUUAUUGCUAAAUGCUUGUUGUAGGCUUUUCUUUAUUUUAAGACUUAAAACAGUGUCAACUUAUGAAA